UUCUUUUCCUGUUUUCUUUCACACCUCAUAUAUAUCUUAUAGUAACUCUUCAACUUCUUUACACACUACUUCUCUCUGUCUCUCAAUGGAAGCACACGCAGGAGCCAACCAGAGGAUUGCAAGACUCUCUGCUCAUCUCCACCCUUCAAAUUUCCAGGAAGGAGGUGAUGCUGCAAUUAACAAAGCUAACUGCAGAGCAAAAGGUGGAGCACCUGGAUUCAAAGUAGCAAUCUUAGGAGCUGCUGGUGGAAUUGGUCAACCCCUUGCUUUGUUGCUGAAGAUGAAUCCAUUGGUUUCGGUUCUUCAUCUUUAUGAUGUUGUCAACACUCCUGGUGUCACUGCUGAUGUUAGUCACAUGGAUACUGGUGCUGUGGUCCGUGGCUUUCUAGGGCAGCCGCAGCUUGAGAAUGCACUCUCAGGAGUGGACUUGGUAGUUAUACCUGCUGGUGUGCCGAGGAAACCUGGAAUGACGAGGGACGAUUUAUUUAAGAUAAAUGCUGGAAUUGUGAGGACUCUUUGUGAAGGAAUUGCCAAAAGCUGUCCCAAUGCAAUUGUCAACUUGAUUAGCAAUCCAGUCAAUUCCACUGUGCCAAUUGCUGCUGAGGUCUUCAAAAAAGCUGGAACAUAUGAUCCAAAGCGACUUUUAGGAGUGACAACCCUCGAUGUUGUGAGGGCAAAUACGUUUGUGGCAGAGGUACUUGGAGUUGAUCCCAGAGAGGUUGAUGUUCCAGUGGUAGGAGGUCACGCAGGAGUCACGAUAUUGCCUCUUUUGUCUCAGGUUAAGCCUCCCAGUAGCUUCAGCGCAGAAGAAGCUGAAUACCUGACAAACCGCAUUCAAAAUGGUGGAACAGAAGUUGUUGAGGCAAAAGCUGGGGCUGGUUCUGCAACACUAUCCAUGGCAUAUGCGGCUGCCAAGUUUGCUAACUCAUGCCUCCACGGCUUGAAAGGAGAAGCCGGGGUGGUGGAGUGUGCUUUCGUUGAUUCUCAGGUUACGGAUCUUCCUUUCUUUGCAACCAAGGUUCGUCUUGGUCGCGGUGGAGCAGAAGAGAUAUAUCAACUCGGUCCUCUGAAUGAGUAUGAAAGGAUCGGGUUGGAAAAGGCGAAGGCAGAGUUAGCAGGAAGCAUCCAGAAGGGAGUAGAAUUCAUCAAAAAAUAAGUCAGUUAAGGGAAAAAAUUAAUUUUGCAUUGUCUCUUUACUACAUCUAUAUCUAUAAAGAACGUUGUGUAAUAAUUCCGUCUGUUCAUAGUAUAUCUUUCUUACGAAUAGUACUCUAAAUUUUUGGUGUUGUCCAUUGCUUAUGAAAGUUCAUAUUUUGUAGAUAUUUAUCUGCUAAAAUGUUGUGCUUUUCUGUUAA